CAGAUUUGCUGGAAGGACAAAUAUUACAUCAAAGGUGGAAAUCUGACACGAUUUCAUUCUGACUGAACAUCAGUGUCCAGAUGUCAGAAGUUCCCGGUGGAGCCUUUGGGUCGCAGCAGAGAGUUUGUGGGCGGGGCUUAGGGGGACACUGCAUAACCGAGGGGCGUGUCCACGCAUACCUUCCUGGAGGUGUGUUCGGUCUGAGCUCCAGAGACGACGGCCUGUUUUUAUUCUGAAAGUUGACGGAGGAGAGCGGACCGGAAGCUGCGUGUCCGAACCAAAGACCCACGGAGCGGAACCGAACGUCUGCGGCGGGAAGCAGAGGAAAAUGGGACCGGAGCUGCUGUGAGAGCGACCGACCGACCGACACGCAGCCGCCGCGGAGGGAGCCCGGCCGGCCGCCGGGGAUGGCCCACGUAGGCAACGGAGCGUCCGCGGAGGAGGAGGAGGAGGACUGUUUCGAGGACGCUUUCGACCGCACGCCAUCGACAUGUCGGAUGGACCUGCAGACGGCCAUUCAGGAGACCCAGUGUGCCCUGAACCUGGUCCUCAACAACAAGUUCUCUCAGGCGCUGGACCUGCUAAAGCCAUGGUGGAGGGACAGCAUGUACCACGCUCUGGGCUACAGCAGCAUCCUGGUGAUGCAGGCAACCAUGACCUUCGAGCAGAGAGACAUCCAGGCGGCCAUGGCCACCAUAAAGGACGCCCUGCAGACCUGCCAGAGGUUCAGGAAGAGGAACUCCGUGGUGGGAUCUCUGUCCAGUCUCAUCAGCAGACAGGCCAACCUGCAGGAAGAGGAGAUGCAUGCAGAGCUCUGCUACGCCGAGUGUCUCCUGCAGAAGGCCACGCUGACAUUUGUGCAGGAUGAGAACAUGAUUAGCUUCAUCAAAGGAGGCAUCAAGAUUCGAACCAGCCACCAAAUCUACAAGGAUUGUCAGAACGUGCUGUCCAUCACUCAGGGCGUGGCCCAACAAUCCGAAUUGUUCAGGCAGUUUGAGGGCGGAGUCAAGCUGGGCAUCGGGUCCUUCAACCUGAUGCUGUCACUCCUCCCUCAACGGGUUCUAAGGUUGCUGGAGUUUAUCGGGUUCUCAGGAAACCGGAGGUUUGGUCUUUCCCAGCUGAGAGAAGGCGCCUCCAACCACAGUCUGCGCUCCAUCCUCUGCGCCUUCACCUUACUCUUCUACAACACCUAUGUGUCCCUCAUCCUGGGAACGGGGGAGGGGGACCUGGCUGAGGCUGAAGCUCUGCUGGAGCCGUACCAGGAAAAGUACCCAAAAGGAUCCAUUAUUCUGUUCUACUCGGCUCGGAUUACUUCACUGAGAGGAAAUCUGGAAAAGGCGCGAGCUCGCUAUGAGGAGAGCAUCAGCAGCCAGCAGGAGUGGAAGCAGAUCCACCACAUCUGCUACUGGGAGCUGAUGUGGAACCACUCCUUCCAGCAGGAGUGGCAGCAGGCGUACCGCUACGCCGACCUGCUCUGCCGGGAGAGCCGCUGGUCCAAGGCCAUCUACGUGUACCAGAAGGCCGCCAUCCUGAGCAUGAUGUCGGCGGAGGAGGUGGAGAGGACUGGCGAGGAUCUCAGGGCGCUCUUCAGACAGGUGGAGGGGCUGAAACAGCGUCUGGCCGGGAAGUCCAUCCCCAUGGAGAAGUUUGCCGUGAGGAAGUCCAGGCGCUACAAAGCCUCCAACCCCGUCCCCCUGGUCGUCCCCGCGCUGGAGAUGAUGUACGUCUGGAACGGCUUCACCAUUGUUGGGAAGAGGGCCGACCUCACAGAAUCUCUGCUGGUGACCAUAGAGAAGGUGGAGGAGCAGCUGCUGAAAGACCCCAAUCCGUCCGAGUAUCACCCUGAUGACAGCUGCCUGGUCCAGAUGCUGAAGGGGCUGUGCCUGAAAUACCUGGGCAGGUUCCUGCAGGCUGAGCUGUGCUUCACUCAGGUGCUCUCCAGUGAGAGUCGGAUCCGAUACGAUCACUACUUGGUUCCCUUUACGCUCUACGAGUUGGGUCUGCUGCACAAACAGCAGGGAGACUUCAUCAAAGCCACUACAUACAUCGAGAAAGCCAAGAUGAACUACAAAGACUACUCCAUGGAGUCCAGACUACACUUCCGGAUCCACGCCGCCCUCAACAGCCUCAAAGGCUCGCCUGUCAGCACCCCAUAACAAUCUCAGCGUUGGAUGAGGAGUUUUCAGGGUUUGAACUUCAUCAGCAGGGAUUUCUUUAGUGGCUGUAAACUCUACGUUAAACAGUUUGCCGUUUAGAAAACUGAGAUUAAAAAAACUCACUUCUUGAAAAGACGCAAGCUUCCUGUUAGCAUGGGCCGGCCUAGCGAGGCUUGCGGCGUGCUAGCUGCACACGUCAUUCAGCGGUCACGAACAUCGCUUGAUCAGGAAGAAGGACGAGUUUUCCAGACGCUCUUUCACUAUAAAAGCACAAAGAAUUAUCGACCAUUCCCUUCCCAAACCCGCUAAAAGAUCAAAAGGAAACUAAAGUGGAAUUUCUGUUUAGUGUGAACCAAACCUAAAAUCACAGCUUUCUGGUUGAAAAAGCUAUUUUUAAGACUUCAUGGCCUUAAGUAACGUUUAAGCUUCUGCUUCUCAUCGACUCUUCUGCCUCUGAACUGCAGCGUCAGCCAGCUCACAUCUUCAAAAUGAUACUUACUACUGUUCUGCCAUCGCUUUCCAGCUGCUCCGCUUCCUCUGAUUGGCUGUUAUUGCAUCGUUUUAUCCAUUCACUGAGUCACACAUUCAUCUUACUUCAGGUUUGUCUGGUUUACAGCUCAGACAAAACCUAAGUUAAGAAGUAAAAAUGGCGUCUGCCCGGCUGUUUUUUACAGACUCUAGCGUUAGCAUACCUGUACCACGCCAGCGUUAGCCGCUGUUAUCUAGCAUUUGCUUCGUUUUUGCUUCAUACACAUGUUUAGAUCUGCUGCCAUAGAAUUUUCCAAUGAUGUGACAACCAGCGGAUAAAUCAGAGGAACGCAGACUUAGCAUGUCACAUGCACCACAUGCAAUCUAUCACUACACCCCAAAAAACCCACUAGGAAAGGAUUCAGACACAGUUUGAAGACACAGUUACACACUACAAGACACAGUUUAUGACUCUAUCAAAGACAAAAGCUCUGUUAGCGAUGGCUCAGGACACGCUCGGUUUAGAACCACUGAUUCAGGGUUGGCAAACAGAGAGUUGAGAUUCAGAAAUCGUAAAUGACGAAAAAAAGUUGAUUUUUGUCCGAACAUUUGGGAAGGAGUCGGUAAUUUUAUUUUCAGGGACACGCAGGUUUUAACGCUUCCUAUGCCUUUCGAUUUUUCUUGUUGGUUCUUUCUUUGCUCGCGGUACGGCCUUCUCACCGAACGUGGCUUAUAGGAACAGAGUGCAAUCCCCUCAUCCCUAACCCUAACCCCACAGACCGUCUGCACACGUGACGGAGACAACACACAUUUUAUGAGCAGCAAUAGAAGCAGCUCUGCCGUGUUUCUGAGUCUUUCCCCUCCGUCUGUGUCCAACUGGAAGUUUGGGUUUUCCUGGAAAUGGAAAGCAGCUUUUGAUCUUAGUUCACCAUCAAGUGCGUCAAUUAAUUAAUAUCAUUAUUGUAUUUUUUUACCAAAGUAUCUGCUUGAUUUAAACGAAUCAUUAAUCUGGAAAACCCAAACGCUGUUUUCUCAUCUGGAUCAUCGCUUUUCCAAAGACCUAAGCCUUCUUCUGUUUUCUUCCAUUAUUCCACAGUAAACAACUUUAGGCUUUUAUUUUGAAAUGAAGCACAAGUAUCGUUAUCUAAAAGUCCAAAUGAAAAUGUUUGUUUACUUUAACCGGAUGAGUUUGUCAACAAAGAGCAGUGGAGUCAAGCUAGCCCCGUCUUUGCUUCCAUUGGGAACAUCCAGGAGAAAGACCAACGUUUCUGUUCUACUUGAAGAUCUCAGGAGUCAAACGUUCUUCUACUUCAUGAAUGUAUCCACCAAAAGACCAAACUGUUGCUGAAUGACUUUUAUGUUUCUGUGCCUGUAAACUUUGGAUCUGUCUUGUUUGUUUGUCAGAAAAAGUCAGCUUUGAACAACCGAAAGCUCUAAAAGCAAAGCAGAUGGAGAAACCAUCGUUUGCUCAAGGGUUGUGGCAAUGAAAACCCAGCGACGGGCCGACAAAGCGCCCAAUGACUGGUUUUAACUAGCACUGCUGGAGUAGAAAUGAAAAUAACGAUUUCAUGUCAGAUGAAGGAAUCAACAGCAGUUUUUAUGGAUGUAUGCUAAUGCUAGCUGCAUUAGCGUAGCACUAAAGCACUGCCUAUUUAGCAUUAGCGGUACACACCAGUGUCAACAAAGUUAAAGAAAUCUUAAUUCUGCUUUUAAUGUUUUUUAUGUUCAUGAAUACUGUUAAUGUUCAGAUUAGCACAAAGGACGAACACUGCCUACUGCGCUAGCAUUGUAUUACUGGUUCAUUCCCACGUUAGCUGACGUUAAGUUAGCAUGCUACUGCUGGUGUUGUUUGUUUGUUGAACUAAAAUAAACAGAAAAAAAAAUUGCAGUUUUAAAGUUUUUAACAUCUACAACCGAGAUAACCACGAACAAUAAAGAUCGCUUUCUUCUUCAUCCGACUAUCAUACAAUUGCUACGCUACAUAGAGGAAAUGCUAAAUAUUCUAUAUUAAUAUAAAACUGAUUUUCUUGCAUCAAGUUGCUUUGUUAAGAUUGGCAAUUAUAUCUUUAUUGAUAAGUACAAGUUAAAAGUGGGAUGUAUGGUGUACUUCAUAGUUUAUGGUCAUGCAUACGUCCCAACUAGAAGGAAUAAAAUGGUUCAAGAACCGGCGUGUCAUGUUUCAGAGAAUGAUCCUGUCAGCGUGUUCAAAGUCUGGUUUUGGCAAUAAACCUGUUUCUUUGUAACUUUUCUUUUUUGCCAUUGGUUUGUUUUCAAGGUUAAUUUGAAAAGAAAUGUUAAAAAUAAUUUUCCGGUUCAUCUGGAGUGACUUCACUACCUCAACCACCUUCAGUUUUUGUGCUUUUCUAUUCUUUUCAUCAGAUUGGAUUCUCCGACGGUUCUAUUUGCUUUAUUUCUGCCUCACAUUAAAGUCUUUGUUUUGUUUUGGAAUCCGUGUGUUGCAGCAAACACAGAACUGAGGUAUUUUGCUGAAACAAAGCACAUUUUGAGCACAAAUGUCAUUGAAAUUCUUGGUGUGUUCAUACAGGUUACAGAAUAGUUUCAGUCAGGUUUGUUGUGACCGCUUGUGUUUGUGUUGUGUGUCUGUCCGUGUUUGUGCUUUGUGACUAUGUUGUUGAAUUUGGAAAAUGAGAGAGAUUUCUGCAUGUUUCUGUUUUACCAACAUGACUGAGUGCAAAGCGUCAUGCUGAUGUUGGUGAGAAUUCGGUGCAAUAAAAGUCAAACCUGAACUUC